GAUUUCAAGCAUGUGUUUAUUUUGCAUCUGUCUUUCAAGCUAUGUCAUGUGGUAUCCAUUACUUAGCGUCUGUGUUCAUGGCCGCUACUCCUAACUUUGUAUGUGGGAUCCCUGGAAAUGUGAGUAGUGCUCUUUUCGACAAUUCCUCUGAAUCAAGUCUAGAGGACAUCUGGACGCUGUGGACAUCAACAGAAAAUUACAUUGUAGUCCAGCUGGAAAAUGGAGAAAUUUGGGAACUUAAUCAAUGCAGCAGGGCCAAACGAGAAGUCAGUUUGGAUCCGGCAUAUGAAUACGAAGGCAAUAAGUCCAUAUCUUCUUGUUCUGAUGGAUUUCUCUAUGACAACACAAAGUGGAAAAGCACUGUUGUUACACAGUGGGAUCUGGUUUGUGAUCGAGAAUGGCUUGCAAAAUUAAUCCAGCCUACAUUCAUGCUUGGAGUCUUGAUCGGAGCAGUGAUUUUUGGUGACAUUGCUGACAGACUGGGAAGACAGCGUGUUAUAUGGUUCACGAGUGCUGGUCAGUUUGUAUUUGGCAUCACAGUGGCCUUCACAUUUGACUACUACAGUUUCGUGAUUGUGCGCUUUCUUCUUGCUAUGGUUUCAAGUGGCUAUCUGGUUGUGGCUUUUGUUUAUGUGACUGAAUUUGUUGGCAUUAAAGCACGAACCUGGGCUUCUAUGCAUGUCCAUGCUUUUUUUGCUAUGGGAAUUAUGGUUGUGGCACUCGUGGGAUUUUUGGUUCGAACCUGGUGGGUCUAUCAGAUAUUUCUCUCCAUAGCGACUCUUCCCUUUGUUUUGUGCUGCUGGAUGCUCCCAGAAACACCUUUUUGGCUCUUGUCAGAGGAAAGAUACGAAGAUGCACAAAAAGUAAUUAAUAUAAUGGCAAGAUGGAAUAAAGUCAGCACUCCCUGCAAAGUUUCAGAACUGUGCUCAGUCCAACAAGAUGAUCUAGGCAGUGGCAGAAUGGGUGACAAUGACACAUCCUCAACAAAGAAGCACAACAUCUUAGACCUAUUUUGUAACUGGCACAUUGCAAGAAGGACCAUCACAGUCUGGCUGAUCUGGUUCACUGGGAGCUUGGGGUACUACGUCUUCUCCCUCAGUUCUGUCAGUCUAGGAGGCAAUGAAUAUUUAAAUCUCUUUCUCAUAGGUGCUGUGGAGUUGCCUUGCUAUGUCAUUGCUUGCAUUGCGAUGGACAAACUCGGAAGGAGAAACACACUCAUUCCGUUCCUUAUUUUAAGUGCACUGAUCUGUGUUUUCAUUAUGUUCAUACCUCAGGAUUUCAAUAUAUUAAUUAUCUUAGCAAAUAUGGCUGGAAAAUUUUCAAUAGGUGUGGCAUUUGGCCUUAUAUAUCUCUACACAGCAGAACUGUACCCAACAAUUGUAAGAUCACUUGCUGUUGGAAGUGGAAGCAUGAUGUGCCGUGUAGGAAGUGUGGUUGCUCCUUUUUGUGUAUAUCUAAGAAGUGUUUGGAUUUUCAUGCCUCUUUUGCUUGUUGGAAUCAUGGCUCUUCUGAGUGGAAUAUUAACAAUAAUGCUUCCAGAAACACUGGGAAAACCAUUGACUAAUACUUUGGUUGAAGCUACAGAAAUGGGAAGAAGCAAGAAAAGCUGUUCAGGAAAGACUGCUUCAGCACACAGUGGUACAGCAUUAGAAAAGAUAGAGAUGUUUGGUCAAGAAACAGUCAGCACUGAGAAGUAAGGCAGCAGCAAAAUAGCUGUUCCAAAUUUUAAUCGUCAUCUAAUUUAUAAGAUCUUUUUAUUCAAGAAAUUUCACUGUUCUAU